AUCACGUGAUCAACACCAACACUUUGCGCUAGUCUUUUUACCUCAGUCUGUUAUACUAAGUGGAAAUAGUGUCUGUGUUCGUGCGUCUUCGCAAUUUAUUUAUUCGAUUUUUUUCAUAGGUGUUUUUGUUUUUACAACUUGAACCAUCAAAAUGGCAGAUGAUGAGAGGAAAAGGAUCGAAGAGGCAAAGAGGGCCAAACAGGCCGAAAUCGACAGGAAGAGGGCCGAAGUCAGGAAGCGUAUGGAAGAAGCUUCCAAAGCCAAAAAGGCCAAGAAAGGUUUCAUGACACCUGACAGAAAGAAGAAAUUACGUUUGCUAUUGAGAAAAAAAGCUGCCGAAGAAUUAAAGAAAGAACAAGAAAGAAAAGCAGCGGAAAGAAGACGCAUCAUUGAAGAACGUUGCGGCAAACCGAAGAUCAUUGAUGACGCGAACGAAGAAAAGUUGAAGCAAAUCUGCCAAGAAUAUCACAAACGCAUCUCUCAAUUGGAAGCAUCAAAACUUGAUGUUGAGUUCGAGGUUCAAAAGAAGGAGUUUGAGAUUACCGACUUGAACAGCCAAGUUAAUGACUUGAGAGGAAAAUUCAUAAAACCAACGUUGAAAAAAGUUUCCAAGUACGAAAAUAAAUUUGCAAAAUUACAAAAGAAAGCUGCUGAAUUUAAUUUCCGAAAUCAAUUAAAAGUAGUGAAAAAGAAAGAAUUCACCUUAGAAGAAGAAGAAAAAGAGAAAAAACCAGACUGGUCGAAAAAAGGAGCUGGAAAAGAAGAAGUGGAAGUUGAUGCAUGAAUUUAAUUACAUACUGAUAUAUUAUUUAACCUCAAGUACCAUACGCAUUUUAUUUUACCAGCAUGCAUUGUUUUAUUUUCAUGUACAGAAUUUACUGUAAUAUUACAGAAACCUUAAUUUCUAAAACUUUUGUCUUAUUUUGGUGUAUAUACCUAUCACCUAGUCCAUUUUGAAUGGAAACAUUUAAUGUCGUCUUGUAUUUAUUAUUCCAUUGUUUAUAAUUCAAGAACCAAAAUUUCAUCAUGUAACAGUAAAUAAAAUAAAUCAUAAGUGUGUUAUAAUAAAUCAUUUUUCCAAAAUGUG